CCGGGAGAGGAGCCCGGGUCUGGGGCUCUCCAGGGGACCAUGGGCACUUCCAGGCUCUACACCUUGGUGCUGGUGCUGCAGCCUCAGCGAGUGCUCCUGGGCAUGAAGAAGAGAGGCUUCGGGGUCGGCCGCUGGAAUGGCUUCGGGGGCAAAGUUCAAGACGGAGAGACCAUCGAGGACGGGGCCAAAAGGGAGCUACAGGAGGAGAGCGGUCUGACUGUGAACACGCUUCACAAGGUGGGCCACAUCGUGUUUGAGUUCGUGGGUGAGCCUGAGCUGAUGGAUGUGCACAUUUUCUGCACAGAGAGUGUCCAGGGGACGCCCAUGGAGAGCGACGAAAUGCGCCCUCAGUGGUUCCAGCUAGACCAGAUCCCCUUUGCGGACAUGUGGCCCGAUGACAGCUACUGGUUUCCCCUUCUGCUUCAGAAGAAGAAAUUCCAGGGGUACUUCAAGUUCCAGGGUCCCAACACCAUCCUGGACUACACGCUCCGCGAGGUGGAUAAGCUGUAAAAGCAGGAGAACCCUGACCCCUGCGG